CUCAGGCCCCCUGUUUGGUCUCUGAGGGCGCGGGCGGUGUUGGCGGUCAAUGCCGAGUCAACGUCCGCGGGCAUCGCAGGUCGUAGCCCUGGAGCCCACGAUCAGAUGAUCCGGAUUUAGACGACCAGGUGCCCCCAGCUUCCCGGGGAUCCCGUUCUUAGCUGGAUCGCUGAGCAAGCGGCGCUAGGACCUCUGGGCAGAGCCUCGGGGCAGUCAGGGGGGAAAUGGCUUACAUGGUCCCCCUCCCCCCGCAGUCACCUUCUGAGCCCGCUGCCCAAAAUAGCCCCCGGCGCCCGCUGGCCUGCCUCGUGGCCGGGAGAUGGCUGCUGCCUCCGACCGCGUGGAGUUGGGUGCAACCUGGGAACCCACGCGCCCGGAGCCCCCUCCCACCCGCUUCCACCCGGUGCACGGUGCCAACAUUCGCGUGGACCCCUCUGGGACGCGGGCCACGCGCGUGGAGAGCUUCGCCCACGGCGUGUGCUUCAGUCGCGAGCCGCUGGCCCCUGGCCAGGUGUUCCUGGUCGAGAUCGAGGAGAAAGAGCUGGGCUGGUGCGGGCAUCUGCGCCUCGGCCUGACUGCGCUGGACCCCGCCAAUCUGGUCGCCGUGCCAGAGUUUUCGCUGCCCGAUUUGGUCAGCCUCGGCCACACCUGGGUCUUCGCUAUCACGCGCCACCACAACCGCGUGCCCCGGGAGGGCCAUCCGGAGGCAGAGGUAGCGGGCCCCAGCCGACCCCCGACCCUCCUGGUAGAACCAUAUCUGUGCAUUGAGCAGUUUCGCAUUCCCCGGGAUCGCCUGGUGGGCCGCAGCCGGCCAGGGCUCUACAGUCACCUUUUGGACCAGCUCUAUGAGCUGAACGUGCUGCCUCCGACCGCGCGGCGCAGCCGUUUGGGCGUUCUCUUCUGCCCGCGCCCGGAUGGCACUGCCGACAUGCACAUAAUCAUCAACGGCGAGGACAUGGGUCCCAGCGCCCGGGGGCUGCCAGCUGCCCAGCCCCUCUACGCAGUGGUGGACGUGUUUGCUUCCACCAAGAGCGUGCGCCUGGUCCAGCUGGAAUACGGCUGUAGUGCCAUCCCUGCAGACUCUGUGCCGCCUAGUGAUCCAGAGGAGCGUGGUGCACAGGCUGGCCAUUGAUGGGCUCCACCUGCCCAAAGGACUUAAGGAUUUCUGCAAGUAUGAGUGAAGGCCUGCAGCCACGCUGGAAUAGGACCACAGGAGUGCAUCCUGGCCCCAGAGCUAUGGCUGAUCUGAAGCUGGCCACAGUGCUGCCAGCCAGGACCAAAAAUAAACACAGCCCAUGCUGACACUGA